AUGGGCAUGUCUACCAGCCCUGGCGCCUGUGCCCCCAACAUCGACGCUGCCACGCCGGCACAGUCGCACGCGAGCCCGGACACGAGCGACAACAUUGCGCGUCUGAGUUACAUCGACGUUGGAGAAUCUGCAUGUCCUAGCAGCAGUGAUGGCUCUCGUUCUACGGAUGUGAGCUUCCCUUCAGCGGUCGAGCACUUUUUCCAAGGCCACUACGGCAACCUCUGCUGGCGUUGUGGCCCAUACGCAAUACCGCCGCUCAAAGCCGCCCCUGUCUUCCCUGGGAACAGCUGGGAUCAGGAGCGAUGGCAGUCCGCAGGCUUACUAUCAACCGACAUCCACGCCUAUGGAAAUGUCUUGUGGUUGUGCCUCCUCUGCAGGAACGCCUUCAGCAGAAUCGGUACUCGGAUGUUCAUCGUGCCCACGUUCCUUAAAUUCUUCAAGCAAGCCGAACUCAUGUCGCAUGCAAGCAAUGAACCUCGAAGAGCACCAACCGCGGAACAAUACGCAGAGUACUGCCAGGCUCAACGGUCAGACUGUUACCCACCGCUCGAAUGGGGCCUGUACACUGUCUACACUGUACUAGGCCCUCUCGGCUCAAAUUACUGGGUGGAGGACUGUCUACAGUGGUCAGGCGAUCCUAUGGCCAUCGUCGCGCGUAUGCGACCGACAAUAGAUCUGCCGCUCUCUUUGAGUCGGUUGGAAGACGACAUUGGCGAUCUUGUGGAUCUGUACUGGGAGGGCGGUCAAUUGGCGCAGCAGCGCACCUCGACUGCAGUCACCAAGCCGCCUGCUAGUCUCACACCCCGCGCUGAGGCCACUACCUUGGCCCAUGAACUUGUACACGUCGACAACAUCGCUCCUUCCACCACCCUCAACUCCGCCUUUUGCGAUAGGAAAAGCCUCAAUUCUACUCCAGAGAAGGCUCCCCCAACACGCGGAGUCUCCCGCAUCCUCUCCCCGCGGUGUCUUCGAUCACUUGUGUCACACGAACAAGGCUAG